CCUCUGCCACCGGGCCCGAGAUCUUUACAGCAGGGCGGUCGGGACCCCGCCCCCGCCGAUGACAAACUACUGACAGCGUUGGCCUAUCAUCCGCAGCGCCCUUUUACAGUUCCCUUCUCUAUCUUGUUUCAUUCUUUCUUCUUCAUCUCUCUCUCCCUCUCCCUCUCCCUCUCCCUCUCUCUCUCUCUCUCUCUCUCCGGUACAAUUAUUCGAGAAACAAUUGCUAACAGGUUGCCCGUCAUGAACACUAUCCCCCCCUUCGUCUUUGGCAUCACGACGCCAAAGGUCUUCUUCGGACCGGGCACGGUCAACGAGUUGAGUGGCGAGCUUCAAUCCCGAGGCCUCUCCAAGCCUCUCAUCAUCUGUUCGCCGUCCCGUGUCUCUCUGGCCCACAGAAUCCGGGACAACUUGAGCAAGGCAGGAUUCUCAGAUAUAGAGAUCCUUGACACGGCCAAGGUCCACAAUCCCAGCGACAUCAUCGGGCCCGCCGUGAACCGCGCCAAGGACCGAGAUGUGCUCGUUUCGGUCGGAGGCGGCAGCGCAGUCGGCCUUGGCAAGGCGAUCGCGCUUCGUACGGGAAUGCCGCAGGUGGCCAUCCCGACGACGUAUUCCGGUUCCGAGAUGACACCUAUCAUCGGCGAGACCAAAGACGGUAAGAAGACGUCGACGACGGACCCCAAGAUCUUGCCCAAGGUGGUCAUUUACGACGUCGACUUGACCAUGGACCUGCCCGUCAAAGUCAGUGCCCCGAGCGGCAUCAACGCUAUGGCGCAUUCGUUCGAAGCGUUGUAUUCGCGACAGGCCAGCCCGCUGACGGACCACUUUGCUCUGGAGUCCAUCAAGGCGCUGUCCAGCGCCUUGCCCGUCAUCGUCACCAACCCGGCGUCAGUCGAGGCGCGCACGUCGGCCCUCUACGGCGCCUUUCUAGCUGGCAUGAUGGCAACGGCGACCGGCAUCGCGUUGCAGCAUAAGCUGGCUCACGCGGCGGGCGGCUCGCUGAACCUCCCCCACGCCGAGACGCACUCCAUUCUGCUCCCCCAUAGCAUCGCCUAUAACGCGCAGUGCUUCUCCGAGGAUAUCAUGACGAGGCUAUCCUCCGCCCUUGUGCAAAGCACCGGAAGCUCGGCCGAAGGCAUCGUGGCCGGCCUUAAUGAGCUACUCCGGCUCCUGGAUAUACCAAGCGGACUCAAGGAUCUCGGGAUGAAAGAAACGGACAUUGAUCGCGUCACAGACGUUGCUUCAGACACGCCUUACUGGAACCCUCGUCCCCUCGAAAAGCCCAAAAUCCGUGAAACCGUUCGAAGGGCGUGGGCUGGGGAGCGAGCGAGGGCCGACCUGUAAUUGGAAUUUCGCAUGUUUCUUCUACCUUUCUCUCUCUUUCUCUCUCUCUCUCUCUUUCUCUCUUUCUCUUUCUCUCUCUCUGUUUAUAGAAUCUACACUCCGGGCCUCGAAUAGUCAAGGUUUCUCA